ACCUUUCAUUUCCUUCCUUAUAUUCAUGAAAUGAAACAACAACUAAUUAGCUAGCCUCAGCAGGCAGCUCGUCUGUGCUUUUUCUCAUUCAACCAUAUCAGCUUCAAUUGGGUGAGUGAUGAGCAUGGCAUCAAUACAGCUGCACGGAGUAAUUGACGCAACCAUCUUCGAGGUAGAUAAGCUUCCGGGAGGUCGGUGGAUGUCCUUCCUCAAGUACCUAGACAAACUAAGGAAAAUGUUUGGGUACAACGCAACUCCAAGACUGUAUGCAACAAUCCAUUUAGACAAUGCUAAAGUUGGAGGAACUAGGCGUUUGGAAUUUGAUAAAGACUCUCACCCCCAAUGGCAACAGUCCUUCCACAUUUACUCUGCCCAUUUAGCCUCUCAAGUCAUAUUCUCUGUCAAAGUUACCGGUCUUUAUGGUACCCAAGUGAUUGGAAGAGCUCAUAUGCUUGCCAAUGAACUCCUUAGUGGAGAACCGGUGGACAGAUGGUUUGAAAUCUUGGAUGAAAAACACCAUAAACCUCUAUCGGGAGCUCCUAAAAUCCAUGUCAAAUUGCGUUUCUCUGGUGCCACAGCAGACCCAAACUGGUCUCAAGGAAUUAAAACUCCUGAUUUUCCAGGAGUUCCUUACACAUUCUUUACUCAGAGGAAUGGCUGCAAAGCUACCCUGUACCAGAAUGCACAUGUCUCAGAUGAAUUUGUACCUGAAAUCCCUUUUCCUCCAGGUUACAAGCCUCAUAGAUGCUGGGAAGACAUAUUUGAUGCUGUUUCCAAUGCCAAGCACCUGAUUUACAUAGCAGGGUGGUCUGUGUACACUCAGAUUACAUUGAUAAGAGAUCCGAGGAGGCCAAAGCCAGGAGGCGAUAUCACCCUUGGAGAGCUUCUUAAGAAGAAAGCCAAUGAAGGGGUUAGAGUCCUAAUCCUUAUUUGGGAGGAUAAGACUUCUGUGAAGCUCAUAAAUCUGGUUGGAGUAAUGGCUACACACUGUCGAGAGACCAAAAGCUACUUCCAGAAUACAAGAGUCCACUGUGUAUUAUGUCCCAGGAAUCCUGAUAAAGCCGAAAAGACUGCUGGAGGAUUUAUGUUUUCGACCUUGUUCAGUCACCACCAGAAGAUUGUAGUGGUGGACAGUGAGAUUCCCAAUGGAGAAUCAUCUAAGAAAAGGAGGAUUGUGAGCUUCAUUGGUGGGAUUGAUCUUUCUGAUGGGAGAUAUGACAACCAUUUCCAUUCCCUUUUCAGGACCCUGAACACCGUCCACCGCAACGAUUUCUAUCAGCGCGGUUUCUCUGGUGCGUCAAUUCUUAAAGGUGGACCAAGAGAGCCUUGGCAUGACAUCCAUUGCAGGUUAGAAGGAGCUGUUGCUUGGGAUGUUUUGUCCAAUUUUGAGCAGAGAUGGAGGAAGCAAGGUGGGAAGGACUUGCUCGUUCCAUUGACCGAACUCAAUGACAUUUUUAUACCUCCAUCUCCAGUUCUGUCACCAGAAGAUAGUGAGACAUGGAAUAUUCAAUUGUUUCGAUCCAUAGAUGAAGGAGCUGUUGAUUAUGACUGGCCUAAUGAAUUUCAUCAUAAUGCAUCUAAUGAAUUUUAUCAUAAUGCAUUUUUCAAGCUUGGUCUUGUAAAUGGGAAAGAUCAUGCGAUUGAAAGAAGCAUUCAGGAUGCUUAUAUCAAUGCCAUUCGACGGGCAAAGAACUUUAUCUACAUCGAAAAUCAGUAUUUUCUUGGGAGUUCUUUCGGUUGGAACACUGAUGGCCUUAACCUUGGAAAGGUUGGUGCUUUGCAUCUCAUUCCAAAGGAACUAUCUCUGAAGAUUGUUAGUAAGAUUGAAGCUGGAGAGCGAUUCACAGUCUACGUUGUCAUUCCUCUGUUCCCAGAGGGCAUACCAAAAAGUUACUCUGUUCAAGCGAUAUUGUUUUGGCAGAAGAUGACAAUGGAUAUGAUGUAUAGAGACAUAGUUCAUGCUCUGAAUGCCAAAGGUCUCAAGGCAGACCCUAAGGACUAUUUGACAUUUUUAUGCAUCGGUAAUCGAGAGAUAAAGAAGAGCAGCGAAUAUGAACCUCCAGAGAAACCAGAAGAUGGUACAGAUUACAGCAGAGCUCAGAAAUCCAGACGAUACAUGAUUUAUGUCCAUUCAAAGAUGAUGAUAGUUGAUGAUGAAUACAUAAUCGUUGGAUCAGCCAACAUCAACCAGAGAUCAAUGGAUGGAGCCAGAGAUACAGAGAUUGCCAUGGGAGCGUACCAACCACACCACCUAGCCACCACACAACAAGCCAGGGGCCAGAUUCAUGGCCACAGAUUGGCGUUGUGGUAUGAGCACUUGGGCAUGUUUGAUGAAACCUUCCUUCGACCGGAGAGUGUCCAAUGUGUUCGAAAAGUGAACGAGAUUGCCAAUAAGAACUGGAACCUUUACUUCCGAGACAAGUUAGACUAUGACUUGCCUGGCCACUUGCUUAGCUACCCCAUUAGAGUUCUUCAAAAUGGACAGAUUACAAUAUUACCCGAAACUGAAUUUUUCCCAGAUACUAGAGCUCCAGUUCUUGGGGCUAAAACCGAUCUACUUCCUUCAAUCCUCACUAGUUAAAAAAAAGUUAAUAAUGCAUUUCCUUUUUUCUUCAUUCUUUCUGUUAGAGCUAUGAGUUCCUGCUUAAUUUGAUUUCUCUACUCAAAUCUAGUUUUUGAUGAUCUUUUUCUUUCCUUUUUAAUUUUUUAUUUAAUUUUCAAUGA